AUGGGACAGAUGGAGACAAAGCUGACAUACACUAGGCGCUCACUGAGGAUUCUGCUGUUCCUGGUGGUGGUGGUGGUGGUGGUGCUUCUGCUUGUGCCCUUGAUCAUCUUCGCUAUCAGGGCCAACAGCAAGAGCUGCAUGGAUGGCCUCCAAGCAGAGCAGGAGUGUCAGAACUCCACCAACCUCCUGUAGCAGCAGCUAACCCAGACCCAGGAAGUCUUACAGGAGACCAAAGCCCAGGCCACCAUCUGCAACCAAACUGUGGAGACCCUGAGGGAUUCUCUGGAGAAGGAGAAGGCUCUGGGUCGGGAGCAGCUGGCACAUGUGGAGGAGCUUCAGGAUGAGGUCCUGACAUUGAAACAGAAGCUCAACACUUUGGAGGAGGCAGAGCGACAAAGAGAAAGAAGUGAGGCCUCAGUAGCUAACAGCUCUUCCAGCUGCUGGAGCAUCCUGGGCUUCCUGAUCACUCUGAACAUGUUGAGCCUAUGCCUCAAGUCUUGGCAGGGCUGAGGUCCCAGGAAGCCGGCUGGCCACAACCUGGACUGGUCCGGUUCCCACUCAGCUUUCUGAGGGGACCACAUGGCAACAUGGUUGGGGGGGUGGGGAAUGGGGUGGCAGCAGGGGGUCCAUGGGGCAGCUCCCGAGGGAUGCCUUGGGAAUGGAGACGUAGUGGAGUGGGCCCAAGGCUGCCCCAGAGCUGGGGAGGGCAUGCAGAGUGCUUCUUGCUGUUACGGUUUCUAGAAGGUCACUUCCUUCUGGGCUCUUUGGGCCCCAUUGAGGGGGGGAAAAACCUUACUCUGAAGUUUUUGGAGUAUUAUUGCGCCACCCCAAGCAUCUGGGACCUGCCCUGUGGGCAAGGGUGGACACCCAUUGACAUCUACCCCCAGCCUUCCCUGUUCUAGAAUGUCCCCAGGAAUCCCUGGGGUUCCAGCAGGCACCACUCCACUGCCUCCCCAGCCCUUUCCUCUGCUGGGAUCAUCCUAAAGGACUCUACACCCAGGUCAGUGCUCCCUGUCUGAAGGGGAAAUAACAAAAUGGCCACACUUAGGCUAAUUCCUGGCCCUAUACUUGCCGUUUGCUUUUAAAAUGGUCAGCAAAUCUGAUUAACCGGACACUGGCCCCAGCCCCAGGCCCAUCAUUAGAGUUAGAGUUACUAACUUCCUUGUUUAUUUUACCUUACUCUGGCAAUUGAAGUUUACAAUCAUGUUUGGAAUUUGAGUCAUUCCCCCAGGAAGGGAGUCAUGGGACAAUAAUCCUAGGAAAAUGACCAGACCCCUAGAAGUUCCUUCUGGUGCCUGAUGAAUCUGAUCAGAUAAAGAAGGUCAUGGGCGGACACACCAAGAUUCAGACUACGGAAUCCUCUGCUUCCAGGAGGAAGAUUUAACAGAGACUUUUGUUAAUUCAUGUCCCCUUUUACACCCUAAUUUGUUCACUGUAUAAUCACUAAGCCCCAGCCCUAAAACGGGCUCACAGUUUUCAAGGCACUAGCCUACUGUGAGGCCUCUUUGCCUGGCAAAGCAAUAAAGCUACCUCUUCUAAACUCUAA